GCUUCCGCCCGCCCCAUCAGCGCCCACGCAGCAGCUGAGCAGAAGGAGGCUGCGGACGCGACUUCGGGAAUGCGCAGGGCCCCCGCCUCGCCCCCCCAGCACGAGCCGCGGCCCCCGCCUUCCCCGUCGCCGCCUGGCGCUCCGUGCCCGCCCCCCGAGGCCGGCGGCUGCUCCCACCCGGGGCUGCUGAUGUUUGUGCGGUGAGCACCGCCCAGCCAUUGUCCCUGCCACUCCGACAGCCGAGCCGGGACGCGCACCGGGAGGCGAGGGCGCGCAUGGGGAGCCUCCGUUGAUGCCGCCGCCGCCGCCGCGCCGCCCUCCGAGGCUGCCUCCCGGGAAUCCCAGCUCCCUGAGCGCUCCGGCCCGGCCCGGCGUCCCGGACCUGAGUGCGUCCACAUGGAGGCGCCCGGGCUGGCCCAGGCGGCCGCGGAGGAGAGCGACCCCCGAGAGGUGGCGGGGGGGACCCCCGACGGGGCGCCCGCACUCUGUCGUCCCAGCCCCGAGGCGCGGUCGCCAGAGUCGCCCGCCUACCGGCUGCAGGACUUCGACACGCUGGCCACCGUGGGCACCGGGACGUUCGGGCGGGUGCAGCUGGUGAAGGAGAAGACUGCCAAGCAUUUCUUCGCCCUCAAGGUGAUGAGCAUUCCUGAUGUCAUCCGCCUGAAGCAGGAGCAGCACGUGCACAAUGAGAAGUCCGUUCUGAAGGAAGUCAGCCACCCAUUCCUCAUCAGGCUGUUCUGGACGUGGCAUGACGAGCGCUUCCUCUACAUGCUCAUGGAGUACGUGCCGGGCGGCGAGCUCUUCAGCUACCUGCGCAACCGGGGCCGCUUCCCCAGCACCACGGGGCUCUUCUAUUCAGCAGAGAUCAUCUGUGCCAUCGAGUACCUGCACUCCAAGGAGAUCGUCUACAGGGAUUUGAAGCCGGAGAAUAUCCUGCUGGAUAGGGAUGGCCAUAUCAAGCUCACGGACUUCGGGUUCGCCAAGAAGCUGGUAGACAGGACGUGGACCCUCUGCGGAACACCUGAGUACCUGGCCCCCGAAGUCAUUCAGAGCAAGGGCCACGGGAGGGCCGUGGACUGGUGGGCCCUCGGCAUCCUGAUAUUCGAGAUGCUCGCGGGGUUUCCUCCAUUUUUUGAUGACAACCCAUUUGGCAUUUAUCAGAAAAUUCUUGCAGGCAAAAUAGAUUUCCCCAGACAUUUGGAUUUCAGUGUAAAAGACCUCAUUAAGAAACUGCUCGUGGUUGACAGAACAAGGCGGUUAGGAAACAUGAAGAACGGGGCGAAUGACGUGAAGCGCCAUCGGUGGUUCCGGGCUGUGGACUGGGAAGCUGUACCACAGAGAAAACUGAAGCCUCCCAUUGUGCCUAAGAUCUCUGGUGAUGGCGAUACCUCCAACUUCGAAACUUAUCCCGAGAAUGAAUGGGACACAGCCACUCCCGUGCCGCAGAAGGAUUUAGAAAUCUUCAAGAAUUUCUGAGGACAGGAGCUCACAUCUGGAAGAAACAGGAAGAUUGGAAUGUGCCUGGAACAAAGAACUGCACCUAAGCAGACCAGAAGAAAUGUCUUCUUCAUGUGACAAGGACAUCUCCAGUUUCCCGUGUGCCCAUAUGUAUAGAAACAUCAGAGCGCAGCUGAAAUGAAUGGAACGGGUGUUAUUUAAGCAACUGGAAUUCCACACUGUAGAAAGGGUUUGAAAACUGGCUGUAGAUUUGAUCUUAUCCUUUACUGUUGUGCUCCUACUGUGAUGUCUUUGUUUUUCUCAUAGACUGAAGUUUGUAAGUUUGAACCGUACUUGUUCAGUUCUAAUCACAUUUUGUGUGUGUUUAUGUGCGUGUGUGUGCCUGUGUGUAUAUAUAGAAGUAAUUAUGGCAGAUGCACAGCAAUUGUGCAGUUGAUAUAAAUGUUCAUACUUCACAGAGUCUAUAAUUAUUAUUUUUCAAUUUGUUUUUUCAAAAAUCUCUUGGGGACAACAUCUGAAGGGUAUGUUGCAUGCAUUUAAAAAAAAAAUCAUCUCAUACGCAUUUUAUAGUUUGGGGGAAGAAAAUAUCCUGGGGAGAUCUGCCUUCAGUAUCUUCAGUGCUUCCUACCUGGUAACUUGAGACUUUCAAAGAAGAAACCUAGAGAAGAUAUGGGAGCGAAUUUAUUCUGAGAAUCUACAGGGACACUGAAGUUGUUGGAGGAAUGUACUGUAUUCGAAAAACCUUCUGAGUCACAUUCAAAAAUUUCAUGUGAGCUGGGUGCAGUGGCUUGUUCCUGUAGUCCCAGCACUUUGGGAGGCUGAGGUGGGUGGAUUGCUUAAGCCUGGGCAACAUAGCGAAACCCUGUCUCUACAAAAUUUACAACAAAUCAGUUGGGUGUAGUGGUGCAUGCCUGUAGUCCCAGCUAUUCAGGAGGCUGUGGUGGGAGGCUGGCUUGAGCUCAGGGGGUUGAGGCUGCAGCGAGCCGCCAUUGCGCCACUGCACUCCAGCCUGGACAACAGAGCAAGACCUUGUCUUUAAAAAAAUUCAUCCUUCACAGGGAGGUGGCUCCCUGUUAAUUCCGGUUGAAACUUUUUGAACAAAAUGCACUUCCCACAGUUCACAAAUAAUUUUCAGAUCAGCCCACCUAGAAGGCCGACCUUCAUGCAGAGAUUUUAUUUCACUUUUAGUUUUGGGAAAAGCGAAAAGCAGAUGAUCUGUAGGAUGUGAGUGGGCGGCAGAGUUGAAAGGAACUUCACCUGUUUCUGCCCGAGCAUGGCCCUGCUGAAAUCUGCUGCGCGUGAGGUCACAGGGCCCAGCUGCGGCAGGGGUCAGUACAUUGAAGAAGUAGGUUCUGGAGCCUUCCAGCAAUGCCUCGGUGACAACAGGGAUAUACCCACACAGACCUCCAAGACCUUCUUCUCCACAUGUUCUCUUAUGUCUGCCUUCAUCUGGCUCCUUCCACACCCAGAACGGGAACCGAGUGUGACCUCGGCAUGUGUAGGUAAAAAUGGAUGCAGAGAGAAGACGCUUGGGUGCCCCGUGGUUCCUGAUCUCUUCUCAAAACUCAAAAGCUCCGGAUCUCUGGAGCUGCUGGGUGUGUUCCUUGCUGUUGGAGCUGUUUUUCCAAGCAGGGUCUGGGAAGAGAUUUCUCCCUGGAGGACUUGCUACCUCUCUUUGGCACACACAUCUAGUACUGUGGAAAGCUGCUUUUGGGAAAAGCCAUACAUUUUUUAAAAAGUAGCAAAAUGGUAAGGGAAAUAUAAUCAGAUUUGACCAGAGUUCGCCUAUAAAUAAGAAGGCACUGGGUCGGGUGUGGUGGCUCAUGCCUGUAAUCCUAACACUUUGGGAGGCUGAGGCGAGAGGAUUGCUUGAGCCCAGGAGUUUGAGACCAGUCUGGGAAACAUGGUGAGACCUCAUCUCUACAAAAUACAAAAUAAUUAGCUGGGCAUGAUGGUGCGUGCCUGUAGUCUCAGCUACUCAGAAGGCUGAGGUGUGAGGUCACUUGAGCCCAGGGAGGUCCAGGCCAAAGCACUCUAGCCUGGGUAACAGAAUAAGACCCUGUCUUCAAACAGACGAAAAGCGGCAAUGGCAUUGCGCUCUUGAAGGCGGAAUGAAGCGAACGUUCACCUUAAGGCUUUAAAAGGCGGCGAAGCUGCUGUGGUGGCUCACUCCUGUAAGCCCAGGACUUCAGGAAGCUGAGGCAGGAACAUAGCUUGAGCCUAGGUGAGACCAACCUGGGCAGCAGUGAGACCCCCAUCUCUAUAAAAAGAAAAAAAUUGUUAAAACACAGUGAAAUUGCAGAAACAGAUCACAGCCCCCCUUUUCCAUCAAUGAGCUUUUUUUCCCGUGGAGGUCAACUCAGUAGGUGAGAGUAAUUCAUAGGUUCAGUAGAAUAAACUCUUUACAAUUAAUAACUCAGUGGAAAAUGAUGUUGAGAUGGUGAAAUGUAGAAAUGCUGUAUGCAGCUGUAUUUUCAGCCUGUGCUUCUCAGUAACCAUCCUGUUUGGAUUAAAAUUUGAGGACCAUCAUUGUCUAAAAACUUAGCAUGCAGUUUCCAAUCAGUUUUAUCAUGAACGUGAGAAGGUUACACUGGUGCCGACUCCAGCAGCAGGUACACUAGGGCUGGAACGACACAGAGAUGAGCAUGGCCCCCUGCGCCGUGAACAUAUGCAGGUUCACGCAGCACUCCAUAUUUUAAAAAAGUGACACUGUGACACCGUGCACUGAGAUGUGGACCUAGAAGGAAAAGCGUUAAGUCUCAUGUCCACUGACUAUAAAAAUAAAUAAUAGUAAUAAUGUUGAACAUUCUACUUUAAAAAUUAUUAAUAAAACAAUAAAUGAAACACUUUUCUUGAGCACACUUUAAAAAGUAUAUAGACCCGUGAGUCCAUAUGCCUAUUUAAGGUUGUCUGUUGUAUUACCCAGGACUUCAGGCUGACGUGAAAGUUAGCAUGAGGCAAGCCUGCAGUCCCUUGCCUUAAUUGUGAACAGACACGCAGGAAAAUGAAACAUACAAGCACAUGGAUGACCUUGUUCUUUACAUCAUCGUAACUGUCCUCCAGCUAUACAGAACAAAUGAGAAAUUAGAAGCGAUUCCAAGAACGUGAGAUGGUGUGAAACCUGCUUUCCACCGUCAUGGGCAUUUCAACAUUUGAAGUGACACAGGCCACCUGGUAAUUGCCCAUGGUGAUGUCAAAAUUUAAUGGCCCAGUGUCAUGUAGAGGUUAAUUUAAUCAAAAUUAAACAUGGAACAAUCACUAUGUAUAAUUUAAAAAUAGUUUACCUGGCUGGGCGUGGUGGCUCAUGCCUGUACUCCCAGCACUUUGGGAGGCUGAGGCAGGCAGAUCACCUGAGGCCAGGAGUUCAACACUAGCCUGGCCAACAUGGUGAAACCUCAUCUCUACUAAAAAUACAAAAGUUAGCCAGGCAUGUGGUGUGUGCCUGUAGUCCCAGCUACUUGGGACGCUGAGACGAGAAUUGCUUGAACCCAGAGGCAGAGGCUGUAGUGAGCCGAGAUCGCGCCGCUGCACUCCAGCCUGGGUACCAGAGUGAGACUCCAUCUUAAAAAGUAAACAUAAAAAUAAAUAGUUUGCCUGGGCGGGCAUUCCAAAAUUUUUGCAUAGAUGAUCACAUGAAACAAUCACUGUGCAAGAUGUGGAGGAAAACUCAUAAUAAUCACAAAAUUUGUAUCAGAAAAAAUUACAGAUUUACUUUGCUUCAUGCGAUUUUAUGAGUUGACAGUAUUCUCUUAAAAGGAAAUGCAUAUGUCACAACGAGAAGUAUAUUGGGGAAGUCUUGUUUUUCUGAAGGGAAAUACCAGCAGCCUGCUUUCAUAGGCACCGAUAAAGCCAGGAGGGAGAAAAGUCAGAACCAAAUAGCACACACCCGAUCUACUGAAUUCUGAUUCCUUCGCGACACAAGUCUAAAUCCUGCUUAGCCUAAACAUAGCUAUAGCCAGCGAUGGGCAAAUUCUGUUUGCUGUCAGCAUGACAGAAUAAGAAGCAGAAAGCCCCAGCAGUGGGGUAGGCGUGCACGCUUCAUCCCCUCAAAAUGCUGUGUAACCCCCUCCCUCUCCAUGCCCAUGAAACAACUGCACAAUCACUUGUUAGUGAAUUUCUUGUUCAGCAUUUUGUUUCUUUUUGUCCAUACUUAAAGUCAUUUGUUUGCUUUGAAGAGUAAGCAAAAAAAGAAAAAAAAAAAUCAUUUGAAAUCACUACCCAUUCAAAAACCUCUACAGUGGAACGUAACAGUUGAGCUGUUUGGGAUGUGUUCGCCAUUUCUGUGUUUGCCCUGCCUCACGUCUAGUUCUUGUGACCGUUGUAACUGUGAAACUAUGGCUUGAUACUGUUAAAGACCCCAAGGCUCAACUCUGUAGCCAGGGUGCACUGCAGGCUGCACGAAUAUCACAGCGGAAUGUCAGGAUCGUUCCUCACUCCAGCUACGGAGUGAACAGAGUGCGAGACAGCACAGGCCUGGGUUGUAUUUUUGCCGCCAGUUAAUUUUGCAUCUGGUCUACACAGCCCCUGCAGCCUCUGAUAUCUCCAGUUGUAGAGAUUUGAAAUGGGGUGCCUGAUUCCUCUCAUUUUUCCUUCAGUCUACCUAGCAUACGUUUGCCACAUAUUGGAGGAGUCGUAUGCAACUGUUUUUCCCUGUUGCUGAUGGAGGCCGGGAGGCCUUCUCAUUAGUCUACCUUAAAUGGAUGGGAUUCACUGAGCAAGAAGAAAGCACACAGACAGGUGUCUUAAUGCGUUUGGAUAGUUUCUGUGUGUGUGUGUGUGUGUGUGUCUUGGUGAAGGUGGGAGCUGCAUUUUCACCAAGCCUUUUCAUCAAGUUUGCUUUGCAAACCUUCUGGCCUUGUACCCAGCAGAACAGUCCUUCCUGAUAAAAGGGGGAUGCUCUGUAACAGUUCUCUGUAAAUUACCAUGUGUGGGGAAGUUCUGUUGAGGCUUAGUUUGAUCUCCCAUGGUGGACACAUCUGUUCUGUAUAUAAAAGGUAUUACAUGUGCGUUUUAGGCGGAUGGGAUUGGAAGCCUUCCCACAGUCCUCGUCCUCUGAGAUGGCUGUUGAGCUCUGCUCAGCUGUCGUAGCUGAAUGCUUUUUUGUGCUGAACACUGGGCAGCCUCGCGUGUUGCUGACAUGCUUCUGGGACCCCGUGACUGCCGUCAGAGGCUGCGCACACAGGCGGAGUGCCUUUGCGGGUUUGCGCACCCCUUGGCGAGCCGGAACUGGGAACCCUGCGGGGUGAUCCCGCCUUCUCUUGGGGGGUUGGGGAGGGGAGUGCCUAUUUUUAAUCCUGUCCAUUUGUUGCACAAUGGAAAUCACUGUGAUUUGUACAUAUGCCCUAGGAAAAUUUUACUGCUGUCUAAUUUAUGUAAUAAUACUGUUGAUUCCAGGUUUGUUUAAUAAAACUUUGUAUCUUUUAAGAA